AUGUUGUUCCUCCUACGCAUGCGCAGGAGCGUAGAAGAGGUCGAAUUGAAGAAGGUUCUUUUUUUUCUUUAAUUAACGAAAGACAGCAAAAUGCCAUCGGACUAUGAUAAAGAUGCGUAUCCAGAGCCUCCCCGCCAGACUCCAGUCGUGGACAAGCAGACGACCCUUCCCAACCCAGCCCUGAUUUUGACUAAACUCUUCUAUUAUUCUGUGGACCUCCCUGUCACCACAUUCAGAGAACUUGUGGAGGGUAUCCACUCCGGCAACAAGUACAACUACUACCACCAGAAGUUCCCGCCGUGUCCCGAGCUGACCGAGUGCACAGAGGGAGACUACACCUGUUACUAUGAGGCUGAGAUGCAGUGGAGGAGAGAUCAUAAGGUGGACCAGGAGAUCGUGAAGGUGGUCCAGGAGCGUCUGAGGGCCUGCCACAGAGAGGGUACCAGCUACCACCAGAACUGUUCCAAGGAGCUGCAGCAGUUUGCAGACGUGGCCAAGGCCUACCAGUCACGCUAUGGGGAUCUGGGAGCCUACGCCAGCUCAAGGAAAUGUCUGAUGAAGCAGAAAGACAGGAUGAUGGCGGCCGAGGCAAAAGCUUAAACAAGAUAACCCCUAAUCACUCUGUUCCAAGUCUCUCUCCUAUGUAUGAAAUGUAGAGUAAAUAU